UAGUCUUGAGAAGAAAGUAUAAUGAUGUAGAUUAAUUGAGACUAAAAUUUAGUUUAGUAAAAUGUUGAUGUUGAAAAAUCAAAUAUUUGGUGACUGUUAAAAAAAUAAAAAUAAAAAACAUAAUUAACAAGUGUCAUGAGUUUAUUGGUUGCAUUUGGGACUGUUUUAAAACUGUCUCAAUUGAGACAAUACCGAAGAGGUCACCCAUUUAGACAACCACUAUAUUAAUUCUAUAUCACAUGAAGUUAAAACCAAAGUCCGCUAUAUAUUCUCUGCCAUCCUCUAUGGAUAAUUGUCUCAUUCUUCUCAGUUUCUACUUCACUCCCUAUUCACUAAAAUGGAAGAGAAAGUUCAAAACGCCUUUCUCUUUUCCUUAUUGGUUGCAUUCCUCUCUGUGUCCGUUGCUUCAUUAGACCCAUAUCACCAAGAAUUUGAAGCAAUAGAGUCUGAUCUAGAAUCCUUCAACACCCUUUCUCUUCCCCUCCACCAUGUAGACAGUCUCAUCUUCAACAAAACUCCAGAGCAACUCUUCCACCUCAGACUUCAAAGAGACGCUUCUAGGGUCAAAGCAUUCAACAAGUCCCGACCUACAGUUCCCGGAUCUGGGUUGAAUUUUAGCAGCCCAGUUAUCUCGGGUUUCCCACAGAGAAGUGGAGAGUAUUACAUGCGCAUUGGCAUUGGCACUCCCCCGAGGUACGUGUCGCUAUCGCUUGACACUGGAAGUGAUGUAACUUGGCUCCAAUGCAAGCCUUGCAAGAAUUGUUACAAUCAAACUGACCCAAUUUUUGAUCCGAAAAAAUCUACCUCCUUCACCGGAAUCCCGUGUAAUUCUGUCAGCUGCAUGCAGUUGGAAGAUUCUGCAGGAUGCAACCAGAAAAAUCAAUGCCAGUACAAAGUCACCUAUGGCGACGGUUCCAGCACAUCUGGCGACUUCUGCACUGAAACGCUAACAUUUGGAAAAACCCGCUUGGAGCGUGUAGCGUUCGGUUGCUAUCAUGAGGAUAGCUCUUUCGGCGGCGACGGUUUAAUAGGUAUGGGUGGUGGAAGCCUAUCGUUUCCGAGUCAAAUUGGAAUCCAGUUUAACAAAAAAUUCUCAUAUUGUUUAGAGGACGCAUACCAUUCCCGCAAACCAUCUUCCAUCAUUUUUGGCAGUUCGGCUAUCCCGCGAACCACACGGUUCACUCCUUUACUCAAGAACAUCCCUAUGUAUGAUGUGUUCUAUUACGUUGAGCUCCUCGGUAUCAGUGUGGGUGGAAUCCCGGUUCAUGGUAUUUCUCCUUCUCUCUUCCGACUUAAACAAGAUGGAGAUGGAGGUGUCUUCAUCGAUUCAGGCACGGUCAUUGUAUUAUCGAACUAA